GGUGCCAGCCGACGAUUGGAAAUGGCUACUGCGACCGCUGCUGCGCCGGGUCCAACCGACGAUAACGAGCUCACAGAAAAAAGCCAGGGAGAGGGACGGGCGGAGAAGGGCCUUCCAGACCCCCGACAGGAGGAACCAGGCGGUAGCGUGGUGCUGAAAACGGAGGAGGCGGACGGCGACGCUGGCGACGAGAGACCUGCCGCAGCAGCCGAAGAGGCCGAGGCGGCGACCGAGGCGGCGGCGGCGACGGUAAACGACGAGGCGGCGCCCGCAGCCGGGGAGCCGGAGGAGAAGCGCGAUGUACGGAAGGGUCCAGCGGGCUGCGAGGGGCCGGCGAGAGAGGAGAGCGCGUUAAAGGAAAUCAAAGAUGAAGAGACGGGGGGGAGCCGGUGUCCGGAGGUCGACUGUGAGAAGAGCAAACCCGCUUGCGAAGACGCGGAGAAAAGCAGCAGUGCCCGCGCCGAGCUGGGCGACAAGCGGCGGGCAAGUAUCGAAAUGUCGUCGUCGGACGGGGAACCCUUGAGCCGCAUGGACUCUGAGGACAGUAUCAGUAGUACCCUGAUGGAAAUGGAGAGCACGGUGUCUAGUGGGCGCUCCACGCCAGCCAUGAUGAACGGCCAGGGUAGCACCGGCUUGUCCAGGACCAAGACGGUGGCCUACCCGUGCUGCUGGGACCUCUGCCUGGAGUGCUUCAACUCCAGCCCUGACCUGGCUGAGCACAUCAGGGGUAUUCACGUGGACGGACAGAGAGGAGGGGUCUUUGUGUGUCUAUGGAAGGGCUGUAAGGUGUACAACACCCCAUCCACUAGUCAAAGCUGGCUCCAGAGACACAUGCUGACCCACAGCGGGGACAAGCCAUUUAAGUGCGUGGUGGGGGGCUGCAAUGCCAGCUUUGCUUCCCAGGGGGGGCUGGCACGCCAUGUGCCAAGCCACUUCAGCCAGCAGAGCUCCUCCAAGAUGUCCAGCCAGGCCAAGCUCAAAGAGGAAUCGCCCUCCAAAGCCGGACUCAACAAGAGGAAGAAACUUAAGAACAAACGCAGGCGGUCCUUACCAAGGCCCCAUGACUUCUUUGAUGCCCAGACCAUGGACGCCAUCCGCCAUAGGGCCAUCUGCCUUAAUCUGUCCACCCACAUUGAGAGUGUGGGCAACGGCCAUAGUGUCGUCUUCCACAGCACUGUCCUGGCCAGGAGGAAGGAGGGUUCAGGCAAGGUGAAAGUCCUUCUACACUGGACACCUGAGGACAUACUGCCUGAUGUGUGGGUGAACGAAACAGAGCGCGCCCAGCUGAAGACUAAAGUGGUGCACUUAUCCCAGUUGCCGCAGGACACGGCCAUGCUGCUUGACCCCAACAUCUACAGAGCACUGCCCCAGAAGCGUAUGAAGCAAAGCCUAUGAAGAGUCAUCUGUGGACGUUGGACUUCCAACAGGGGAUCCUUGUUCAUAGGUUUGUUUCAGUGGGAUGGAACCUUCCUCGCCUGUCGGUCCAAGUCGAGGAGUGGCGGAGGAAAAGACAGAGGGAGAGAGCCUCGCCUGCGGCGUCCCUCUCCUUAUCUCCCCCCUCUGUCUUGUACAUUUUAAACAGUUGUGACAGCAAAGUGGAGCAUGGCGUUGCAUUAACUAAAACUUUUCUCUGUUCUUAAUGAACCUUAAGAUGAAUGUUUUAUAAAAAAAAAAAGGAGUUGAGUGGAGAAAAAGGACGGCAUCGGUGCACGCUUGCGUGACACAUGGAUCUUUGUGUAGUCAUGUCUGAAAAUGCGGCAGAUUUUGUGUUUCGUGUAAAUAUUGAUGCAGACUUGUAAUUUAUUUUUCUACCGUGAAAUUUUUUUGGUGUACCGCCGGUUUUUGUUGCGUUUCUCUGACUUGGACCGUACUGACUGUGAUAUUUUAUUUGAGCUGUCCCUUUUUUUUUUUUAGGAAUUUUUUGAAAAACAACAUUGAGUUGUCCCAUUGUUUCACACAAAGACUUACCCAGUGGGUGCAAUGAUUUUGACAGUGUCUCUCAACACAGAUGACGUCAGCGGUGUGCCACUUAUCUCAGACAUGCAUAUGAUAGCAGUGCACGGUAUAACUUUGUGGGGGCAACAAACAAAAAAAACCACAACAAUUAGAUGUGCCGCCACAUAGCUGUGCGUGUCCUUCGGUGCACAUACGGAAACGGUACCUUCAAGCAUGGAGCUGACAUUCCAGCACCUGGGGGAUGCUUUGACCUUUGAACUGUAGCUUAGGCAGCAUUAACCAGCCCCCGCCCAUCGCCCCCGGCCGAACUAAUUAACACAAACUGUGGAUCAUCGUUUUUGUCGAGAUAUUUUUUAGAGCGCCACCGUUCAAACCCACCAGAAUUGGCUUGGUUAAACUGUUUUGUGUUUUCUACUGUACGUUGUCACUGUUGAAAGUGGAGUAGUAUCUUUUAAUAAA